AGUGUACCGUUCGACGAAGUGAGCAACAUCACGGAGCCCACCCUUGAAGAAAUCAACCAGGAUGAAGGCGUUGCUGACUACUUAUUCAACGGGGACAUCAACCUUACUGAAAAACAACUAGAAAUGAUCGAGCGCAGUUUGACUGAAAGCAACAUGACCCGCCACAAACGUCAAAUGGAUUCUGUCAAUCCACGAUGGCCGAACAACCAGCUGUUUUAUGAGUUUCAUAGUAGCACAAAUACCAGAUUUCGAAAUAUCGUGAAACAGGCUCUGAACUACAUAAGCGGUCGUACGUGUAUCACAUUUACCCAGAGCGCUUCCGCACCCAACCGCGUGCAGGUGUUCAGCGGUAGUGGUUGUUGGUCUUCAGUCGGAAUGGUUGGAGGUGUACAGCAGCUAUCACUGGGCAAAGGUUGUGAUCAGGUUGGCAUCGCUGCGCACGAGUUCAUGCAUGCUCUGGGAUCGUGGCACAUGCAUAUGCGUGGCGACAGAGACGACUUCAUCAUCGUUGAUCUGACUAACGUGCCGGCAAGCCAACAAGGAAACUUUGCUAAGCUCGGCCCCGACAGUACCAUCAACUACACGCCUUACGAAUACGGCAGCGUCAUGCAUUAUGCAGCUAAUUUGUUCACAACGAAGGGUUACUCGCUGAAGCCUCGCCUUGGGCGAUAUCUUCAGACUGAAGGAACGCGAGUGAUUUCAUUCUUUGACAUGAUGAUGCUGAACGAUCACUAUGGAUGCCACGCUCAAUGUGGUGCCGCCACAUGCUCUAAUGCUGGUGAACCAAGACCGAAAAAUUGUGCAGUUUGCAACUGUCCUGAAGGCUAUGCUGGAGCCAAAUGCGCUACUCGUGUAAGUUUCUUUGUGUUUGCGAAAGAGUGA